CGUGAGGAUCAAAACCGAGGUCUAAGCUAUGUAUCUUAUGAAGUGAUCCCAACAUAACUUGUUCCAAGCGACCUCAACGCGAAAGACCCGCGGCAGGAUCACAAACCUAGUGCCUUCAUAUAAGGGUAGUUAAACCAUGGAUGACGCAGAUAUGGACUUACUUUUAGCUUUAGCUGAUGAGGCAGAGGAAGAGCCAGCUGUCGGAAAACAGCAACCAACAGUCCCAGCGGUCCCGCAGCCUGCGCAGCGUGCCCCACCACCGGCGCCAAAUGCCGCUAAUACGUCAGGACUACUUGAGCAGGCUGUUUUGCGCGCUGCUGCUGCGUCUGGUCCCCCACCCAUCACCUCCAUCCUGCCCGCUCCAAAGCCGCAGCCGGCAGGCCGCCAAGUCACGGACGGCUACAUGUGCAGCAUCUCCGGCUUUCGGGUGAGCAAACCCGUCAUGGGCAGUCUGGUGCUGCGGGAGCGGCUCACGGACGACUGCGUGUACCUGGGCCUCAAGGACAUCUCUCCCUCUCGUGAGAUGUCGGGGCGGUGGGCCACCAUGGGGGCCCUGGUCAGCAAGGUGCAAGCCACGGGUCGCGACGGUAACAGCUACAGUCGCUGGACCCUCACCGACCUGGCAGGGAAGCAGGUGACGUUGUUCCUGUGGCGCAAGGCGGCUGCGGAGCACUACAAGGAGAUGGAGGGCAGUCUGCUGCUCAUAUGGUCGCCGCAGGUUCGCCGCGACGAG